UCUGCACCUAGCAACCUAUGUAGCAACCUGCACUGCACACAGUAGCAACCAAUAAACAUAAACCGCAGGUACCUUUUUUCUUUCUCGGCGGUCUACGGCCUACGGCCUACUUUUUCCACCUUUUCCAACUCACCAUCCAUCUGAAUCCGAUUGCGCUACUCUCGCGACUUCGUUUUCGCCGUUGUUCACUCUCACCCACCGUUUUUUUUUUUUUCAUCCUACCACCAGUACUCUUACACACUCAUAUACGUAUCUCCCUGAUCUCAAAGUCACGAUGGCUAGCAACAACGGCGUUACCGUCCCCGGAGACUCUGCCGCCUCCAAGGCCGAGGAGAUCCAAACUAAGGGCAAGGGCAAGGCGACCGAGGAGCAGGUUGACACCACUAUGGACGAGGACGAGGAUGAAGAGGAUGAGGAGGAAGAGGGUGAGGGCGGUGACGACGACGCCGAUGACAACCUAGACGAGAUCGACCCUGGCAAUAUCGUCGAGGGCGGUCGACGUACCCGAGGCCGUGUCAUCGACUGGGCCAAGGCAGCUCAAGACAACCCUGCUGAGGACGACGAUGACGACGAUGAGGAUGACUACGAGCCCGCAGUCGAGGAGCACGACGGCGACAAGAUGGACGAGGACUAGAUUGGGCACGCACACACACACACCGCCUUGAGCCCCGCAUGUGCGCCAGCUAGUUGGAUAGGACAGUUCCAACUGGAUUUGAGCGAGCUGCCUACCUGUCAAUCAAUCAAAAAUGUCCUCAUACAUCGUCCCUUGCCCCCUCGGCGUCUAGUAGUCUCGUUGCCGGCAUCUAUCUCUGCUGCUUUGGGUGUUCGAUCUUUCAAAAACAUAAACACGCGUUCCAGACGGGGACGGAGACAAUAGUCGAAUGCAACAUGACUGUAGCUUAGAUCGACCACUACUCCUGGCUGGUGGCCUGGCAUGAACCCAGGACGCGAAUAUGCGCAUGAAUACAAGAAAAUGAGUAUAUUGCCACCCUCUAGAUCAUCGGUGAACUGGUUAGGUGGCCAUACGUGAAACUAAUAGUUUAUCAAUCCACCCGCCUCGUGCCCUUUGAUGAGUUGGUCCGUAGGUAGUUAUUCCUAGAUUAUUUGGUGCCAUAAGGAUUACUGAAAAUGCGGUAUACUAUGGCAAGGUAG